AAUCAUGAUGCCUUUUCUCAUUUGUAUCCAUCAUCAACGAAAUCCUAAUUAAUAACGAAAAGGAGAAUUCUCGUAAGGUAUAAUGUAUUCCGAGAAUAUUGGAGAAGAUGAUCGGAGCAUCCAUUUGCAGGUGUUGGAGCUCCAAAAAUUGGAAGAAGCACGAGGCUCAAGCGACACCGUUUUGGAUUAUAGAAACAGCGUCGAGAAAGGAGACAGCGGCGAAACCGCAGACGCAGCGUCUGUAUCUUCCGCGAUCGCGUUUCACAGAUCAACAUCACCCGCGCCGGAGCAGAAACUCACACUCUUCGCUCUCCGCCUUGCAAUCAUCGAGAAAAUCGCCACUAAUCUCGGAACCCUAGGUUUCAUUUGGGCCACGGUGGUUCUUCUCGGUGGAUUCGCUAUCACGCUCGAAAAAUCCGAUUUUUGGUUCAUCACCAUCAUUCUCCUCAUCGAAGGCACUCGAAUCUUCAGCAGAAGCCACGAGCUCGAGUGGCAGCACCAGGCCACGUGGACUGUAUCCGGCGUCGGAAUCAGUAGCUUCCGCGUGCUCCAAUCAAGCUCAAUUUCACUUCUCAGAAAUUUAAAACGAAUCAGCGAUGGGAUCUUUAAGCCGAUCCUCGACAAUGGAUUGAGAGAAGCGACGACGAGAAUCGGACGACAAGAGAUCUUUGAUCGUCGAACAACUCUGACAUGGAAGAACUCAGAAGUUCCUCUUCUUCCAUAUGCGAGAUGGCUUUACAUCUCCAGCUAUGUGAGUCGGAUUCUCUACUGGCUCCAGCUUUUGUCAGCGAGUGCUUGUGUGGCUCUGUCUUCCUACAAGCUCGUAAUGCACAACUACGGAGAUGUUCAAGACGGAGACUUGGACAAAAGGAAUAGACAAGCCGCUCUCAGCAUCUUCUACUCGCUUGCUCUUGCCGAAGCGUUGUUGUUUCUUGCGGAGAAAGCUUACUGGGAGUGGGAGGUCAGUGUGUGUCACUUGCUUGAGAAUGUGACUAGAGAGUGUGGGUUUGGGGUUACUGGAAUGGUCUCUAUCAAGAGAUUCUUCUAUGAUGCUUACUCCAAGUCUGUCAAUGGGAGUAUCUUUGAUGGUGUGAAGAUGGAUAUGGUUAGCUUUGCUAUGGAUCUCUUGGGCUCGAACUGCUCUGAUGAACAGCUCAUCGGAGCGAGGAUUCUUAGGCAGUUUGCUGUAAAUGAGCGGUUCGCAGAGGAUACACUUGAGAAGAUCGGUAUCAACUUACCUGUCAUUGAAAGGUUGGUGGAGAUGUUGAACUGGAAAGAUCUGCAAGAAGAAGAGAUUAGGAGAUCAGCGGCUGAGAUACUCUCAAAACUCGCUGGCAAAAAGCAGAACUCUCUCAGAGUUGCUGGAAUCUCUGGUGCGAUGGAAUCAAUUUCAUCACUGUUACAGAACACAAGAUCUUUAGGUGAAGCUCCUGACGAGAUUGGAGAGAAGAAACUCUUCCACGACCAUCAUCUACACUACGAUUUCUGGAGGUUCAACAAUUUAGGCCUCUUGAUUCUAAAGAAAUUAUCCAGAGAUCAUGACAACUGUGGGAAAAUUGGUAACACGAGAGGGCUUCUCCCUAAGAUCAUUGACUUCACGCACACAGACGCAACACUCUUGAAGGAUGAGAACGCAGAUAUGGUUCUGUCACGAGUCCUUACAGUGAAACGGUCGCUGCAGCUAGUGAAAAUGUUAGUAAGCACAAGUGGCAACACCGGGAAAUGUCUCAGGAGGGAGAUCUCAGAAAUCGUCUUCACAAUCAGCAACUUGAGAGACGUAUUGCGGCAUGGAGUGAGAUACCCGAAAUUGCAGAAGCUCGGGAUUGAGAUUCUUAGCUUCCUCGCGCUUGAGACUGAUGGGCGGGAGAGAAUUGCCGUUACUGGAGGUGUCUUGAAAGAGCUGUUCAGCAUUUUCCUAAAAAGUAAAAUACAUGGGGAUGAGAAUGAAAAGCGGGUCAGGAUGGCUGCAGGUGAAGCUAUAGGGAUGCUUGCUUUGGAGAGCAGAAGCAACUGCAUCCAAAUUCUAAAGCUCGGAGUCUUUGGAAGACUUGUGGAGGCACUUGAAGUUCCUUUGAUCCGUGUCAAUGCAGCGAGAGUGUUGAGAAACUUGUGCAUAUAUUCUGGACAUGAAUGCUUUCUCGACCUGAGGUUCAUUAAAACAGCAGCGCCUACUGUGAGUAUGUCUGUCUGUCGGUACAAAUACUGCGUUGAACCCCCAAAAGAUUAAAACUUGUUCUGUUUUCUUGCAGGUACUGAAGUCAAUAACAUCAGGUGACAAUAAAUUGCUGGAAGUGAUGCUAGGAUUGGCAGCACAAGUGUUCAAAUUCAUGAGUUCAGAAGAAGCAAACAUUGUUCUGACGGAUUCAGGGAUCAAAAAGCAAGAACUUGCAAACUCACUGGUUUCGAUUCUGAAAAAGCAUGACAAGCCAGCAAUCAAGGUUCCAAGAAUCAGGAGGUUUGUGAUCGAGCUUGCGAUAUGGAUGAUGGAAGAUGAUGUGGAGAACGUUGGGAUGUUCAGGGAUUUGGGUAUGGAGAAAGAGCUCGUGAAGGUUCUGGAAACUACGGCUGAGCUUGAGAACUUUGAUGUUUUCUCUGGCACGGUUGGAGUGAGCCGACAGAGCAGAACGGUUCAUUGGUUAGCUGAAUUGGCUUUAAAAAUGCUUGAGGAUGAACAUUCUUAAGGUUCAUGUUCCUCUUGAGAAACUCAGAGCGUGCUAAUUAUGAUUUAUGAAACAUAUCGUUUAUUUUUACAAUUAUUUAAAAAGCUGCUCAAAGUUCAAAUUAGAGAUAUAUCUCAAAUUCCAUCAGUAUAUACACAUACCUUGUAAAGAAAGAUACACUUCUCUCGUAAUAGU